AACAGGAAAAAACAUGGAAGAUCAACCAACGAAAUUUAGAAAAUAAUGUUAUAAAUUCUGUGUUCUUUUUAUUAUUUUUCAUUGAAAAUGUAUAUUAAAUAGUUGUGGAUCUUAUCAAAAUCAAACUUGUGAUCUUCUCAAGAAAAUUUCUCAUUCGAAUGUAUUCAAGUUCUUUCAAACCGGAUGAAUAAUCUCAAACUUGAUUGCAUUUUCGGACUAAAAUUAUCUCAAAAUGGGAUCGAGUGAAACUAAACAUAAAUUAGAAGAUGUUCCUGAAAAUGACGAAAUUGAAAAUGUAACCGUAGUCGAGCCCAAACCUGAAAUCUGGUUACCGGAUCGAUUCAAUUCGGCGCUUUCCAAAUUAAAUGACGAUGACAGGAAAACACUGUUAUUCUGUCAAGCAGUUACUGCUAUUUUGAACAGAUUAACCCCUGAUAAUUUCCCAUCGUUAUCUGGAAAAAUCAAACAAUUACCGAUUGAUUCGCCGGAUAGAAUGCAACGAAUUGUGCUAAUGAUUCAUGCUAAAGCUAUCCAAGAAUCGAAAUUUUGUGCCUUAUAUGCUGAAUUGUGUGAUCUCUUGAGAGAUGUUCAAGUCGUAAAUGAACGAGACAUCAGGACACCAUUCUAUUUAUAUCUAAUCGAUCACUGUCGAACGUUUUUUCGAAAUAGUUUGAGCGAACCCAGCGAAGUUCUCGAACAAAGGGAAUACAUACUCAGGAAAAAUUCAGUCGGAAAUUGCCAGUUCAUUGGUGAACUUUUCAAAGUAUACAUGAUACAUCCGGAAAUAAUAUUUCAAAUAUUGGACCAACUUUUUCAAACGAAUGGAGAUAUGGCUAUAGAAUGCGCUUGCUGUAUUCUAACUACGAUAGGAUUUUUUUACGAAGAAAAAAUUAGAGAAUUUCCGGCGGACUAUCUGAACAAAUUCGAAUCAUUAUCAUCAACGGCUAGAUUAUCUUCGCGUGUUCGUUUCAUGAUUCAAGAUGUAUUAGAUUUAAAGAAAAACUAUUGGAGUCCAAAAAGAAGACCUGAGUUGCCGAAAACUUCGAAGGAAAUCGAGCAAGAAUUUAUAGAAGAGGAAAAAAGGCAGAAGUUAUUCGAGUUAGCAACUGCGUUUUGCGAAUAUAGUGAUUGGCUGUCCAUUUCUGAGCAUUUCAUCAAAUGUGUUCACGGAUCGAAUGAUGGUGAAAAUGAGGGAUCCGAUUUUAUCGACAAAGCUCCCUCGUUCGAAGUUUCUGUUCGUCAUAUUAUCGAUAAACUGACCUACGAUAAUUUUAGUACAUUUUCCGAAGCUUUAAAUGAGUUACCAAUUGAUGAUACGUCUCGAUUGAAUUUCGUUAUCGAUUUGAUAUUCGAACAAGUCAUCAGUAAAUCUAACAGCUGUGAAUUGUACGCAAAAUUGUGUAGUGGUUUAAAAAACGUUCGCGUGCCUGAUGAAAACGGUGAUGCAGCUGAGAGUACUGCGUUCAAGACACUCGUAGCUAAUAAAUGCCAGCAGCUGUUCGACGAUAGUAAAACUCGCGAAUUGAAGGAUAAUACAGAUGAAUCCCACCAAAAAUUAAUCGUUAUUUGUCGAUUUAUCGCCGAAUUAUUCAAAGCUCAAGCGUUACACGUUCUAAUCGUGGUCAAUUGCGUCCAGAAAUUGUCAACUUCGGCAGACGAGAAGUCUUUGGAAUGCUUGUACGAAUUAUUAAACAUCGCUGGGAAAACUUUUUGGGAACGAUUACAUCGAAACAAGAAAGCGUACGCUAAAUUAUUCAGCAAAGUUCAAAGUUUACUAGAAAAUGAACAGUGUUAUCUGUCUCCUGAAAUGAAAUCUAUAUUGGAAAACUUGCUUGGAACGGAGAACCUGGUUAAGCCGAAAACCACCGAUGUUGAUUAUGUUGAAGGAACAUCUUCAACAAACGUACAAACUGAUUUGAGUCAAGAGGUUAUCGACGAUGAGAAAGAUAUGUCCACUGAAAAGUGCUCCGAUAGCGUCAUUACUAGUCACAAUGUUCCUGAAUUGAAGGCAGCUGUACCUAAUACUCUCCAAAAGACUGAACAAACCAGCGUAGAAUCUCAUCUCAAUGCGCGCUCAGACGUUAACUCGCAGUCUAAAACCCACGUUACCUUUUCGUUACAAGAUAAUCAGAAUUCGAACAAUUUGAAUAUAAAUUGGAACCUCCCUGUGCACCUUCCGAAAGAAACUAGAGAACUGUUCUUUUCCUUUUCUGAAAUUCUAUGUGAUUUACAACGUAGCAAUUUUAAACAGAGUAUCGAGAAAAUUACUUCUCUGCCUAUUGAUAGCGUACUCAGAUUACAAGGUGUUGUGGCAUUAAUUGUCGCUCAGGCUAUAAAGGAACCCGAAUGUUGUCAUUUGUACGCCGAACUGUGCGCUGCGAUGGAGAACGCAAAAAUACCAAAUCAAGCAAGCGGUGACGGUAUAUCAUUCAGAAUGCUUUUAAUCAAUAAAUCUCAGCGAGAGUUCGAACGUAAUAAAGAUGAAGAGUUGGAGAUUUUGAGAAACCAAGUAUAUCCUCGGAUGGGAGAAAAAAGAACGAAGAUGUUAUUGAACAAAAAGGGACGUGGAUUUCACCGAGAAAUGAUCGCCAUUUGUCGAUUUAUUGGUGAAUUGUACAAGCAAAGGAUAAUAGUUGCUCGAUCGAUAUUUCGGUGUGUCACCAAAUUAUUAGACGCGAAGGACAAAUGUUCGUUGGAAUGUUUAUGCGUAUUGUUGGAAAUCGCCGGCAAAAAACUAGAAGAAGAAGUACCGUUGUGUAAAAAAAAGGAAUACGAAUCGUGUUUCGAGAAAAUGGAAGAGAUUCUAAAAACCCCUGUGAAAAAAAAAAUUAAAAAUAUGCUUCGUGAUGUGAUUAUUUUGAAGAAAAGUGGAUGGGUUGCGAAGGACCAGUCUAUUCUGAAACUCAAAUAUGUUGAUCACAAAGACCUUAGUGAGAAGAAUAUCUCAAUUGAGCAAAUUGAGACCGUCGCCAAAAAAAAUCAAGAGGUGCUCGUUUGCUUUUCCCGUAUUUUAAGUGAAUUUAAGCGUGAGAACUUCGUUCAAACUGUUAAAGAAAUUGCAUCUUUACGGAUGAAUAACUCGUCCCCAUUGAAUGGUGUUGUAGAUUUGAUUUUCGCUCAAAUUAUCAAAGAACCUGAAAAUUGCGAUCUGUACGCUAAACUGUGUCGUGCGAUCCACGAAACGUGCUUCAGAAAUGACCAAGCGUUUAGAUCAAUUGUACUCAAUAAAUGCCAGCAGGAGUUCGAACGUAAUAAAAAUAAAGAACUGGAGAUUACGAGACAGCAAAAAAUUAUCAAAUCUUGUACCAAUAAUGUAGCGAAACACCAGUUUGAAUUAUUAUUUGAAAAAAGAGAAGUUGAAUUUAAUCGAAGAUCUGUCAUCAUUUGUCGAUUCAUUGGCGAAUUAGUCAAUUGUGAAGCUUGCACCGUUGGAAUCCUGUUUCGUUGUAUAGACAAAUUAUUAAAGCGUGAAGAACCAUUAUCGUUAGUAUGUCUGUGCAUUUUACUGAAAACCAUUGGAAAAAAUUUAUCGAACCUGGAAUGGAAUAGAAACUUGGAACGGGAUUGGUGUUUUGAUAAAAUUCUAAAACUUAGUCAGAGCCAGAAACACAAUUUGCCUACUGAAAUCAAAUCCAUGUUGCGAGAUUUGAUUAGUUUGAAAGAAAAUGGAUGGGAAACUUCACCUGAUUCAAGAGACGUAAUCGACGAUUUUGAAAAUUUCUUUUUGACAGGAGUUUGUAAUCAAGUCGAAUUGGAUCCAGAGUCAAAGACUGUGGCAAAUCAUGAAACAAAUACUAGGGAGUCAAAUGAAUCAAUAAAUGAAGAAUCAUCUCUCAAAUCAGGAGAGAUGAAAGACGACCAUUUAGUUUCUUGUGAUGGAACCGAUGCUGACUUACAAAGCGAUUCUAGUCAGACGUUCUUCGACGAUGAGGAUAUUUCGACCGCAAAGUGGGCAGAUGGUCUCGUCUUCACGAAUCAAAAUGUUCCUUUAAACCAGGCUACUUUAACAUCCAAUGCAUCCGAGACGACUGAACAAACUGUCUCAGAAUUUAAACUAAAGAACCAUUCAGUGGGCGAGCCUGAAUCAGAUAUUGACUCCACCUCUUCGUUCGGAGAUAACAAAACACCAGCCAAACUAAAUCAAAAUUCGGAUAUUUCGUCGAACAAUGAAAAAGUACUCUCUUCCUUCUCUGCACUGCUAAAAAAAUAUGACUAUAAGAAUACGACUGAUAAUUUGAACGAGCUUAUUGAGAAAAUGGCAACUUUACCAAUCGAUGACUUACCCAAAUUACAAAGUAUUGUAGAUGCAAUUUUCUGUCAGGCUCUCAAGAAAUAUAAAAAUCAUUACCUGUACGUUGAGCUGUGUCAUGCAAUGCAGAACAUUACAGUAUUUGACGAGAAAAACGGUGAAGACCAAAUGUUCAGACAAUUUUUGAACGGUAAAUGUAUGAAAGAUGCUGACCGGGGUAUAAAAGAAGAACGGAAUUUGGCGGAUAAAAGAAAUAAACUGGAAUCCUCUGAAAGACCACCAGGGUAUGCUCAGAUUAAAGCAUUAGAAAAAAAGGAACGUAAAUGUGGACGAAGGUCGCAAAACCGUUCUAGAUUUACUAGUGAAUUAUGCAAGCGAGAAAUGUUGACUCUGGAUACGACGAUUCAUUGUCUAUCCAAAUUAUUGAAUUCAUCAAACUGUUUAUGGUUGGAAGGUACGUUCAAUUGGCUCAUAACGACUGCAGAAAAAUCAGAACUAGAACUGUCAUCAAAUCAGAAGGACCAACUAAACUCGAUAUACGAACAAAUGAAAGCGACUGCAACGCCUUCGUAUUUGAAAACAAAAGAGGUAAUGUUGCAAAAAUUGAGAAAUUUAGUGGAAAAUGAAUCGAAAACUGCCACGUUGAAUCCAGAGUCGAAUAUCGCGACAGCAGAUCAAGAAACAGCUCAAAAUUUAAACGAAUCUGUAAUUAAAGAAUCCGCCAUCAAUACUAUCGAGUUGAAAAACACCAGUUCCGUCCUUGCUGAAAACAUCGCACCAAAUAUGAGUAGCAAACCUGCGUUACUUUCUCGCAAACAAUUUGGUUCCAUAGAAUCCUACGAAUUGCUGCGAAGUGCUUUCGAUCAGUGGAUGCCGGACGAAAUUAUGCCUCACUGGUUCGAAUUAUCGAAGUAUACUUGGAGACGGAGUACAAUUCCGAAGGCUAUUUGCGAAUUGAUCUAUUUCGUAAUGAAAAGUGAUCUCGAGAAAGCUGAAAAAUGCGGUAGAUUCGUCGUCCAUUUAAUGAAAAACGAUUAUAUCACGAAAGAAGAAAUUGUUAAAGGGCUUCGUUCUCUUUUCUCGAGUACCGUUGGUAACCAGCAAAUGUCUACCGAGCUAGAACUUGUUUUGAGCCCUUUAUUCGAGAGUGGACAUUUGAUGCUUGACGAUCUGAAUAUGAUUUUUCAAAAUAAUGUAAGUUCUAAUCAAAACGAAGAGGUGAAAAAAGAAAUCGUUUUGGAAAACGAAUCGGUGUCGAAAGAACACGUGAAAAAUGAUUCGCAGAGUAAAGAAGUGAAAAAAGAACCGAUUUUGCAAAGUAAACCAGCAUCAAAAGACGUGAAAAAUGACUCGGCUAGUUUACAGCAAAAGAUACCGAAUGUUGCAGAGCAAAAAGUGGUCGCUCCCAACGUACCAUCGUUCUUUGAUCCAUUUUCCAAAAUUACCACAAGCACGAGCGAUUUGACUAAAAGAAAAGUAUCAUCGUUCUUUGACCCAUUCUCCAGUGUAACCAGCAGCACGAGUGAUUUGACUGCAGGAAUUCCUAAUAGCGAUAUGACCAACAUCAGACCCGAUCAGAUCCCAGAUGCAAUUCGCGAUAUUUUGCAAAUACAAACUCCGAGUAAUUUUUCAUCGGCGAACUUUAAACGUCAGAUGAAAAAUAUACCUUUUAAUAGAGCCGCCGAAUUAGAGUUUCUUGCCAGUAGUGUUAUUAAAAUGGUGGUAAAUAAUCCUGAUUUGUUUGAAUUUUACGUCAAACUUUGCACUCCUAUUAUGAUGUUGGUGGCUGAAAAAAAGAAAUUCUGGAUGUUGCUGAUGAAAGCUUGUCAUACCUAUUUUCAUCAAGUUGUAUUUAUAAAAGAUAAUUCGUCAUCCAAAGACGAACCAUCAGCUCAAUUCAGUUCUAUCGCCAAGAAUCCGAAAAAGGCAACCAAGAAAACGGAGCAAUUGAAAGGAUUCUGCAGAUUUUUUUCACUUUUAGUGAACAGAUUGAAUAAUGAUACUGCCAAUAUAAAUGCGAAACGUGCCAUGAGAAAAUUACUUGAAAUUCGAAAAAUUGAUUUGUUCUGCGAAAUAUACGAUCACUUGAAUGAAGACGAUGCUCAUUUCGAGGAAUCACUUUUUGAAUCAUUUAUUCCUGAAUUACUAUCCAAAAAUGAGUUGGAAAUUGAAUAUCGAGAGAUGUUGAAAAGAGUAGCUGAUGAUUACAUGAAUAGAAAUUCUCAGCGUUAUAAGAGUCAACAGAAACAGCUAAAAGAUGUGAAGACUUCUGAAAAGUCCAGAAAGCGUAGUAGAAAUCGUGUUAGAAAUGAGACUAAAGAGCUGAUCAGAAAUCUUACGUCAUCUGUGUGGGAUGAAAAAUCUACAGUCAGUUCCAAUAACUUGGAUACAUCGUUGAACAGUUCAAGCUCGUCGGACGAAAUUAAUCAGACUGAACCGAGUACUUAUUCCAAGUCAUCUUCAUCGGACAACCUACUCGAAUCAAACGCUAGUGAUUCAAAGUUACCUACAAAUCAGUCUAAUGAUACCGCUACGAAUGCUAUUUUAAACUAUGGAAACCCACUUGCGGCAUCUCACAAGGAAAUUGUCGAUGCAACAGUCGACGUAUUGAAUCGAUUAAAAGAACCCCAGGAUAUUUCCUUCGAAGUUACACACAGAUUGACUAGUUUGCCUAUCAAUAGAGAUACGAAAUUGGCCGGCGUUGUGCACCAGAUUUGUAACCGAGCGAUAAAAGAUGGAAUCCGUGGACGACAAUAUGUCGUAUUAUGCGAACUUUUACAGCAUUGGAGUAUCGUUGAUAAGAAUACCGGAAAGUCAACUACGUUCAAGGAACAAUUGAUUACAGUGAUUUAUACAAAAUGUUAUCAAACGAAAUUGAAAAUCGAAGAAUACCACAAGAACAUCGAAUCGGUGAAAGAGAUUCCUAAAGAGCUUCUUUCCAGAGUAGUUGGUUUCUGUGGGUUCCUUUGUGAUAUUCUGAAAUCACCGGUGUUCGGCCAUGAAAUAUUGAUUUGUCCGGUGAUCGAAUUAUUAUCACUGGAUCCUAUCGAUAAAGACAUUAUGGGGCUUUUAGAAGAGUUAUUGGUUAUCCUUACGAUCGAUUUGGAUCUGAAAAUGACUGCGAAAUUUUCGGCGCAAGAACUCAAACAGUAUAAUCUCUUGUCCAAAAUGAUUAAAUUUUUGCAAGAGAUGAUCGAUUUUCAGAAAUGUGACUACGGGUCUAGUGAUCCGAGCUCUGUCUGUCAGAAUAACGCAACCCAGUCUACCCUAAAACAGCAUCAGAUCUCAAAACGUGAAGAGUUGGAGACGCAUUUGAAAAUGAAUCCUGCUGAUGUUCAUGCUAUCGCUACACGUUUCAAAAGAAUAAACGAACCCCAUGAAAAAUUAUUGGACUCGGUAAUAGCACCAAUGUGUGAUUCUUUUCACCAAAAAUGGAAAAAAGACGAAAAAAGAAAUGCCGCCGAAGAAUUCUGUUACGGGAUAAUUUUCAGGAGUAUUCAUGAUACUAUGCCAUCGUUCGAAUUUCUUUGCAUAAACUCAGUGUUCGAAUGUGUGAAGAGGUUGAAAAUCCCCUUUGAAGUGAUGUCGACUGUGUUUGAAGUUUUCUUUCUGUACGGAAUAAUUUCGUACGAAUCGUUUAUUCAGUUCAAAAACGUCCACGUGUGUGAGAAAUUGUCGGAAGUGAUGAAAUUGUUCAAUUCGCCGGUCUUCCAGAAUUACAAAUUGUCUUCCAAAGUACGAAUUGAUGAAUUUCAUUAAGUUCUCGUUUUAGUUCGGUAAAUUUUUAUUUUUACCGUGUUGAUUUUGAAAACGUACUUGUGAUUUGUGUUUUGUAGAAUAAUUUUUAAGAAAGAAAAAAUUGAAAGGAGUUUAAUUACAAUUUGAAGAUUUAAUGUGAUUAUUGUGCUGUUAUUAUUUUAAAUCUUUAUUCGUGUAAGCGCUGCUGAUUUAUAUUAAGGAAAAAAACGUCCCUAUUUUUUGCUCAUCAUUUUAUGAAGUUCGUAUCAUGUUUUGUUAAUGAAUUUUUUUUAUUAAAGUUUUUUUCGUUUCUA